AUGGCUACUCCUCUGGACAUUAUAUUGGAUUGCCCCCACAACAACUCCGUGAGUCUCAUCCUGGGCCUAACAGCGGGGGAACAGGAGGCGGGGGAACGGGCGGCGGGGAAACGGGCGGCGGGGAAACGGGCGGCGGGGAAACGGGCGGCGGGGAAACGGGCGGCGGGGAAACGGGCGGCGGGGAAACGGGCGGCGGGGAAACGGGCGGCGGGGAAACGGGCGGCGGGGAAACGGGCGGCGGGGAAACGGGCGGCGGGGAAACGGGCGGCGGGGAAACGGGCGGCGGGGAAACGGGCGGCGGGGAAACGGGCGGCGGGGAAACGGGCGGCGGGGAAACGGGCGGCGGGGAAACGGGCGGCGGGGAAACGGGCGGCGGGGAAACGGGCGGCGGGGAAACGGGCGGCGGGGAAACGGGCGGCGGGGAAACGGGCGGCGGGGAAACGGGCGGCGGGGAAACGGGCGGCGGGGAAACGGGCGGCGGGGAAACGGGCGGCGGGGAAACAAGAGGCGGGGAAACGGGCGGCGGGGAAACAAGAGGCGGGGAAACGGGCGGCGGGGAAACGGGCGGCGGGGAAACGGGCGGCGGGGAAACGGGCGGCGGGGGAACGGGCGGCGGGGGAACAAGAGGCGGGGGCGGCGGGGGAACAAGAGGCGGGGGCGGCGGGGGAACAAGAGGCGGGGGCGGCGGGGGAACAAGAGGCGGGGGCGGCGGGGGAACAAGAGGCGGGGGGCGGCGGGGGAACAAGAGGCGGGGGCGGCGGGGGAACAAGAGGCGGGGGCGGCGGGGGAACAAGAGGCGGGGGCGGCGGGGGAACAAGAGGCGGGGGCGGCGGGGGAACAAGAGGCGGGGGCGGCGGGGGAACAAGAGGCGGGGGCGGCGGGGGAACAAGAGGCGGGGGCGGCGGGGGAACAAGAGGCGGGGGCGGCGGGGGAACAAGAGGCGGGGGCGGCGGGGGAACAAGAGGCGGGGGCGGCGGGGGAACAAGAGGCGGGGGCGGCGGGGGAACAAGAGGCGGGGGCGGCGGGGGAACAAGAGGCGGGGGCGGCGGGGGAACAAGAGGCGGCGGGCGGCGGGGGAACAAGAGGCGGCGGGCGGCGGGGGAACAAGAGGCGGCGGGCGGCGGGGGAACAAGAGGCGGCGGGCGGCGGGGGAACAAGAGAUCUGACAAAUCCUGA